AUGUCGUCCUAUUUCUCCAUAAAGAAAACAAAGAAGCAUCAAGGAAAAUCAUUGUCAAUGUCUACUGCCCACAGACACAGAAGUGAGCAGCAGAGUUUGCAGCUGCAGGCAGCAUCUGCGAUGACAUCGUCACAUCAAGUAAAAAGGACACAAGGAGGAAACACUGUUUUGGGGUCCGUCCUGCUUUCGCGAGCGAAGAAAACAUCCCACAACCUCAUUAUUCAGACUCUGAAGUCUACUGCUGAUAACAACAUUUGUACAGCGGUUGAGCUUUUGAUGUAUCUAAGUGACUGGCACAACUUCCAGGACAGGAAAGGAGGGGGAGGAGGAGGAGGAGGAGGAGGAGGGGAGGAGGACCAGGUUUUGCCUCCAGUGGAUAAUUACGUAAAACUGGACAUUAAGGAUGACGGAUCCGAAGACUUGGAGGUCCUGAGGAGGUUGAGGCUCUUUUCUCUCGCGACUCCACCAAAGGAAUUACUGAGAUUCGUCUACUACAUGAGGUCUGCUCCUCGCGCCGCCCAGGUUAUCAACAGGACUUUGUUUCCAACAACCAGGGAAGAAGAAGGGGGAGGAGGCACCACUCAUUUAUGGGUUCGCUUAGAAAAAGGUUCUCCUGCUGACAUAACGCUCUUACUGCGGUCGCUGACUGUUCCUCCUGCUCCGCCUCUGAGGCGAAUAGGGAUUCUCUUGCCUGGUGGUCCGAAGAUUGGAGACGAUGAUGUGGAAGAAUGGAAGCAACUCUGCAAAAACAAAGGAGUGAAAUACUUAUGCGUUGUCAGUGCUCCACAUGAGGUUAUGGUGAGUGCUGAUAGUGAAGCAGAAGAAGAAGAAGAAGAAGAGGAAGAAGAAGAACAACAACAACAAGGAGCAGAGAAGAGAAAAGGGAGGAAGGAGAGAUGA